UUGUUGUGGUCUCUUUUCCACGUGACGGGAAAAUGAUGGAAUCCUGGGCAAUGGUGGUGCUCUUGUCUCUGCUUUGGGUCCCGCUCCACGUGUGGCUCACGUCGAAUGACUUGGUGGACUUGCAGCGGUGGAUCCAGAUGCGGAUGGAAGGGAAUGCCGUAGAUCCUCUGAAAGAAGCCAGGGUCGAGGAGGAGAUGACCCAGCAUCGCAAGAGGAACUUCAAAUUAUUUGGCUGUUGCUUUUCUCACAUGAAUCUUGUGCUUGGCAUAAUCUAUGCAGGUUGGGCAACCCCAGGGAUAGACUCUGCUACACAGACUGCUGGUUGCUUUGUGGGCUACGUGCUCUUCACAUCAGUAGCACAGGAUUAUGUGGAGCUGACUCCGCGAAGGCUGAAGCUCAUCACCUAUUUUUGCCAUAUGGUGGCACUCGCAAGCAUUGUCGCAUCGGCUUGGUCAGACACCAGCCUGCGAUCGACCAUGCAAGGCUUUCACUCCGCAUUGCGUUUCUGCCUGGUCUUGGCACACUUGGACCCCAAGAUCACCAUCCCGUUCCAAGUGCUUUACACCCUGGUCGAGGUGUUUCUACAUGUUUGGGUGAUUGAGGGCGACAUCUUAGUACAGCUCACAUCCUUUGCUUCAGGGCAACUCUUUAUCUUAGUCGAAACCAUUGCAUCCUCCAUUUUCAUCGAUCUGGGCCUUCGGGGGCGUUUCUACGCACAGUUGGACACCGCCGAUGCAGAGUCCUUGCUUUCCAGUUUCAGACGCGUCUUGAGAGGUGUCUGUGAUGGAGACGUGCUCUUGGACAGCGAGAUGAAUGUGGCCCAAGACAGCCAAUGCUUGAGACACCUGAUUCUCUCCGACGUGAGCCUCAAAGGCAAGUCCUUUGAACAGCUCUUGAUCGACGAUGCGCAGCGCUUGCGCUUUCGGGAGUUCAUUGAGGCCUCCAACGAGGCCUAUCAGGCACCCGACGCGAAACCAAUUGCACCUCCGCUGUGCUUGCGGGUGUCUUGUCGUGGAUCUGCAGGUCUUUUUGGAGCAACUGAUCCUUACCAUUUGAUCGCUUUCAAAGAAGAUCCUGAUUCCCGGCCACAGCUGGAAGCAGGAGACGAUGUCGUCCCAUCAGUGCUUUUGCCAACUCAAGGCAGACAGAGCCCUGCGCGCUUUAAGCGUGACGCGAAGUCGACACUUUCCGGAGGCACUGGAACAAGUUCUCAGCUUCAGACUUACUUCUCCGAACUGAAGGAGAUGGCCUUGCUCGUGGAUGUUGACUCGGAGUUCCAGGAUAUCACUGAGGCGCAUGUGAGGUUUCAACGUGAUGAGCAGCCAAGCAACGUCCCUUCUGCGUUGCGAUCCACCAUGCCCAGCUUGCGCAAGCUGGUGAAACCCGCCGAAUGGGAGAAGUUGCGUUCAAAAGCUGUGAAGUUUUCAGAGACUUGCCAAGGCGGCAUCAAGAUGAGGGCAUUUGUGUUCUACGGCCCGGGUGACACGGCGGAAGACAUGAAGUUCAUCUGCCAGGGUCUCCCCAAGUGGGUUGAGAUGGGCAUCUAUGAGUACCCAGGCCACGGCUGGCGUGCCAGUGAGGAGCCGGCGAAGGACUUCGAAGCUCUGGCGAAGGACGCCUUCGAGUCCAUCCAGCCAGCCAUCGAGGAACUAGGCGAAGGUGCCAAGUAUGAAGGUGCUCCAUUCGUGUUCAUGGGAAGGUCUGUUGGUUGUCAGCUGCUUGUCUCCUUGUCCAAGACGAUUCUUGUGAAAUAUGGCCUGGGCCCCAGCGCCGUCGUGGUCGCUGACCGUGCGCCGCCCAAUGUGCCGCUGCUGUCGGAGCAGGGGCAAACGGAGUUGAAGUCGGAUCCCAACAAGGUGGUCAAGGCCUUCAGCUACUUGAACUACGAGCGGAUCAACAAGAAGGUCUACGCCAGCGAUUUGGCCAUGGGCUGUGAGACCUUGGACGCGUUCUACCACAAGGGGUGCUGUGGGUCCUUGGUGCACGCAGGCGAACAUGAUAAGUUCUUCGACACAGGGAAGAAGAAGAGCAAGUUCAAGGCGGUGACCCUGAAGGUCAAGGGCAAGGAGGAGACUCUUGACAUGCCGGCCGAAGCGGAGACCACGGUGGGUGACAUGCUUGCUGCGGUGGAUAAGAUGUUCAGCUAUCGCAUGGGUGCGAAGCUCACGGCCUCCUCGCCGGAGGGCCGCGCACUGGCUGCAGACUCCACUGUGCCAGCGGUGAUGGUCGUGGAGGGCGUGGAGGAUUUCCAGCAUGCCCGGUAUCCUUGGCCACAUCCAGUGUGCAUCAUUGGUGGCGGCUUCUAUGGCGUGAAGAUGGCCAUGGAGUAUAUGCUCCACAAGAACGAGAACAUCAUGCUCUUUGACCGCCAUGCGGAUGCUGGUGGAGAUGCCUGGCUCUACUCUGCCACGAAGUAUUCCAGGUGCCAAACAGACUUCGGUGCCUUCAACAUUUGGUGGGGCCACCAGUACAGCUUCUCUGGUGACGGUGGCUAUGGCUCCAACCCCUCCAACGGCGGCCGAGCCAAGUACUCCGCCUCCUACAAGGGCCAGGGCGCCCCGCCCGAGGGCUCGGGUGCCGGCACAGGUGUCGACUACCACCCGGUGCGACAACAGAUUUUGGACUCCAUGAGAUAUGCGCUGGAGGAGUACAACUUCAGGAAGUAUUGUACUUUUGCAACCGAAGUGGCAAGCUUGAACAUCGUGGGAGAUCCCGAGGCUGAGGAUCGCUACUACGAGCUGGGCCUCCGAAAGGUCGAACAGGAUGGUGCUGUGGCCUUGCCGAAGGGCGGCUACAAUGCCUACAGCGAUGAGAAGGGAGGGGUUGGGAACAAGGUGAAGUGCUCUGUGAUUUAUCACUUCCCAGGUGCCUAUGAGAUCAACCGCAUCAUUGACUACCCAGGUGAGGAUGAGUUUAUCGCAGCCGGUGGGCAGAUCGGCUAUGGCAUGGGCAAUGGACAAGGCGGUGCUUUCUGUUGGGACGAUGGCCGCAUGAAGGAUGCGCGCUGUGCCAUCUUGGGGAAUGGAGCCUUCGCAGUGGAGAACGUGCGAAGCUGCGUGGAGAACUCCGCAGCCAAGGUCUACAUUAUCACACGCAGGAAAAGUCUCUUGUGCCCUCGACUUCCUUGCUGGUUCUGCCAUCAAGGUCCUGAGCCGACACCGGCCUGGAUGCUGCUGAAUCAGUUCAAGGCCAUGUACAGCCUGGCAGGUCUUGAGGAUCCAUACAAGUUCUAUGCGGUUCAGAUGGGCAACGACCCUCACGAUGUCGGCAUCAAGCAAAGCAGUCGUUUCGGCAUCGGCGAUGUGACCUUCCUUUGCUUGGCCUAUGGCUUGCUCGAGUACCGGGUGGACACACUGGCGCGGUGCACGGCAAAGACCUUGCACCUCACAGGUGGCGAGAAGCUGGAGAACAUGGACCAUAUUUGCAAAGCCUUGGGGCUCAUCGGAGAUCCGCGAGUGGACAAGCUGCACGCCAUGACGCACAAGGUGGGCAACAUGAUCAACGGCGACUUUAGGCGGGUCUUGAGCGCAGAUGCCACCGGCAUGGAUGCCAGGCGCUUCACGACCUUCUCCGCGGGGCCGGGUGCCUGUGGCGUCGUGAAGCAGUGGUACUACUUGCACAAUCACCCUUGGCUCUUCAGGGAAGCCUGUAACAAUGGUAUGAUGAAGCUCCUGCCAGUUCACAAGAAGAGCGACACCCAGCCGGACCAGCCCGUGUACAUGACCAACGUCCAGUACGAGAUGUGGGCCGGCGGCGUCUUCAGCAGCUAUUUCCCUACUAUGGGCCUGUGCUGGGGUGAUGAAGCGGCAUACAAGUACUCCUUGAUCCACACCAUGCACCCAGUGAAGAAGUUCUUUGAAUAUUGCAAGGCUGACUGGGAGCGCUACGAGAAGAUGUUCAGGACGAAUUGCAAGGGCUGCGCAGACAAGCCACAGGUGCCAUAUCCUUAUACCAUGGACAUGGUCGAGUCCUGGUUCAAGGAGUACGACGAGUCCCUCAACCUGCACACGUCGCCGGAAGGUCCGGAUGAUGACUUCAAGAGGAGCACCAUUGAGAUCUACAAGAAGAGCAGCGAGCGAAUUCAGCAAGACCUCGUUCCGCCUUUGGUGAAGGAGGUGGGAUUGUUGAAGGGCAUCAAGCAGGGUGAUGACCCAGUCAUGAGCAUUUGGGUCAACAAGAUCUACGAGGCGAAGAAGGGCUUGACACCUUCUGAUCCCGAGACCGCCGCCAAUUUUGAUGACAAGCAAUUGGAAGCCUGGAAGGAUUUGGUCUGUGAUGGCUACAACUUCAAGGCAGAGUCCGUGGGGACUGCCUCCGCCACGGCGCCUCGGGUGGCAAACCCUGCCUCCGCCCGUCGUUUACAGACCGGACCGAAGACCACAUGGAACCAUGGCAACAUACCCCGCAAAAGCAAAGCCUUUAGGUCAAUCCCGGCCUUUUUGGGAGGAACGUCUUCAUUCGAGCAGAAGGUAUUGUGUCAUGGAGGUGUGGCUCAAAUCAUGGGAUUUGGAUGGAUUUGGGGCUUGCAUCUGCCUUGGGGGGUUUGGAGGACGGCCAGUCCUAAAAUAAGCAUGAGAGUGGACCAUGUGGUUCAUAAAACACAAAACAACGCUGGCCAUGAAUUUGGGUCAAACAUGGUCAAACAUCUCGAAGUCUCUUACUCUUUCAUGUAUUUUUUUCAACAACCAGGUCUAUGA